UUGUGAAGUGUAAAUGCUACUUCUACUACAGAAAGUCCCUCCUUCCCACACUACUUUUCUUGCACUUCUCUCUCCAUAAAAAAUUUAUGGUUAUUUAACACCUUUCUCAGAGUGUGUCUCCUUCUGUUCCCACCGCCGCUGCCACUACUCCUCGCCGCCUUUCCUGCUUCCUGCAGAAUUUUUGGAAAAAGUAUCAUCAUACCCAUUUAAGUUUUUGUGCAUUAUCUUUUAGCGGCUACUUUUGCCAUUAUUAUUCUGUACUCACCACACAACAACACUCCCCUGUCUCUAUAUACAUACAUACAUAUACAUACACACAACAUCUUUUGAGAUCUUGGUAUUUUGAAUAUAAAAUAUAUAUACAAAAAAUGUCGGGUGAGAAACAAGUAGAGGAAUCAAUAGUGUCAUCAAAUUUGCAUGAAAAUGGAGAAAAUGGAGGAGAAGAAAAAGAAGAUCAUUCUUUCAGUAUGGCAAAUUUGUUGUGGCAUGGAGGCUCUGCUUGGGAUGCUUGGUUUAGUUGUUCUUCAAAUCAAGUGGCACAAGUGUUGUUAACACUUCCAUAUUCUUUCUCUCAAUUGGGAAUGGCAUCAGGGAUUGUAUUUCAGAUCUUCUAUGGGUUUCUUGGCAGCUGGACUGCUUAUCUUAUAAGUGUACUUUAUAUUGAGUAUAGAAGUAGAAAAGAAAAGGAAAAUGUAAAUUUCAAAAACCAUGUCAUACAGUGGUUUGAAGUUCUUGAUGGAUUAUUGGGUCCAUAUUGGAAAGCAAUAGGACUGGCUUUCAAUUGCACUUUUCUUCUCUUUGGCUCUGUUAUACAACUUAUAGCUUGCGCAAGUAACAUUUACUAUAUAAAUGACAAUUUGGACAAGAGGACAUGGACAUACAUAUUUGGAGCAUGUUGUGCAACAACUGUCUUCAUCCCUUCAUUCCAUAACUAUAGAAUUUGGUCAUUUCUUGGUCUUUUUAUGACUACUUACACUGCUUGGUACAUGGCUAUUGCUGCUUUAACUCAUGGCCAGGUUGAUGGGGUAGUACAUUCUGGUCCAACGAAGUUGGUGUUGUAUUUUACCGGAGCUACCAACAUCUUGUACACUUUCGGUGGACAUGCCGUCACUGUAGAAAUUAUGCACGCUAUGUGGAAACCCCGAAAGUUCAAGUAUAUUUACCUUCUUGCCACACUCUAUGUUUUCACAUUGACUCUCCCGUCGUCUGCUGCCGUUUACUGGGCUUUUGGCGAUGAGUUGCUCAAUCACUCCAACGCCUUCUCCCUCCUCCCAAAGACCCGAUGGCGUGAUGCAGCUGUUAUUCUCAUGCUGAUUCAUCAGUUCAUUACAUUUGGAUUUGCUUGCACGCCAUUGUACUUUGUUUGGGAGAAGGUGAUAGGGAUGCACGACACAAAGAGCAUGUGCUUACGUGCACUCGUAAGGCUGCCGGUGGUCAUACCCAUAUGGUUCUUGGCUAUAAUCUUCCCUUUCUUUGGACCAAUCAAUUCUGCAGUUGGGGCACUCUUGGUUAGCUUCACAGUGUACAUUAUCCCUGCUCUUGCCCAUAUGCUUACCUACAGAACAGCUUCUGCUCGCAAGAAUGCUGCCGAGAAGCCUCCUCGUUUUCUUUCAAGUUGGACAGUAAUGUAUGUGAUCAAUGCGUUCGUCGUCAUAUGGGUUCUAGUGGUUGGAUUUGGAUUUGGUGGAUGGGCUAGCAUGACCAACUUUAUACGUCAAGUUGAUACUUUCGGUCUCUUUGCAAAGUGCUACCAAUGCAAACCGGCAGUACCACCCCCCCCAAAGCAUUGAGAUGACUCCACUCAAAACCAUCGGGUCGAUUCACACUCUCUCCCACUCUGUAUCUCUCUCGAUCUCUCUCUAUAUUUUUGUAUUAUAGAUGGGGAGCCUAAAUUAUUUUUCCCCUGCAUUUGAUGUGUCUUCUAUAUGUUUUCUUAUUAUCAUAUAUCUAAAAUGUAGAUUACAAUUAGUGUGAAGAAUUGUGAUGAUUGAGCAUUCAAAAUAUUGGCUAAUUAAAUACAUGUUGCUUAGUUUUCUUA